GGUUGUUCUUCAGACGGCUCGCAAGUAGCUCGAAAGCUGAACGAGAGCACAUCUACGUCGUUUAAUAAAGUGUCUUGUUAAGGUCCAAAAGUUUGAAGGAACGGACGGAAAGUAUAUUAAAAGCAUAAAACUGUCCCUGAGAAAGAAAGUUUGACGAUAUUCUGAGUCAUGUUUUGUAUGUAGGGGACGAAAAGCGACUCCGUCAGAAUCAACUCUGAAGAGGCCGGACGACGACCGAACCUCCUAUAGGACUAAAAUGGCCACGCCACACCAGUCGCCAUUGCCAAAAAGUACUUUCACGUGAGAAUUCCCCGUCCAUCGCGCCAGACCGCGCCGUCUCCCUCAUUUAAAACACACCCCGAGACCUCGUACUGUAAUUAAUUAAUGGAACGAAGGCGCUCGAUUUUGCGAUGAUAAAGAUAAUCGGAGAUGCAAAACGGCAACUGUGAUCGGGGCGAAGAGGGAAUGUUCGCCAUAUUGGCGUUCUGGUAGUUUUUUUUACUUUUUAUUAUUACUAUAAAGUGAUGUGGGCGCGAGUGCUUUAGCGUAAUGUAAGUGGAUAUCGGUCGAGUGCAAUAUGGAGCAGACGUCGGUUAAGGCGAAAAGACCACCAACUGCCCCGAAGCCCAAGAUUGACCCUUUGCAGUUGCUGAAAUGCCUAAGCAUUCUGCUCAAUGCAAAUGGUGGAAUAGGGGGAGAGACAGAAGUUCCACGAGUCAAGGGGCUUAUGUCCAAGUAUUCCAAAAAGCUGGUGAGCAAGUGCAUUUAUUUAAACAUCUUGCAGGCCACAGAUCUACCUCUGCUGGAUGCAUUCUAUGAUGAAGGAGGAUGGGAGCUUGUAGGCACUUGGCUGCAAGAUGCUGUGAAGGCCAGUAACUGGCCCUUGGCCCUGCAAGUGUUGAGCCUACUUGAGACCUCACCCAUGACAAUCACUAGGUUGAAAAGAUAUGCCACCCCAAGAUUAGUAAUGGAACUUUCGCGGGAAUGUGUCAACACAGAAGUCCAGAGCAUAGCGAAGCAAAUCUUUUUGAAAUGGAUGGAAGUAGUAAGGCAAGGUGAUGGCUCAGGGACAAUGGCUGGUGUAGGGUUGGGAGGUGGUGGUCCCUCAGAGAAUGAUAUCCCUGAAUGUGAGCCAAAUGAAAUGGCUCUGGAAGAGAACAGCAGUGUUGCUGAGCAGCCUGCAAGUGCUGCUGCUCCAGUGGUGAAUAGUGAUUCUGCUCAAGAAUGUGGUGAUGGCAGUUCCUCUGGGGAAGGUCAAGAUGACUCUUCCAAUGCAUCGACUGAAAGUGACACUGCCCCUGCUCCAACAACACCCAUAAGAAUCACCAUCAGGAGUGGGUCUCAGGUCCUUGCUAAAGUAUCAUCUCAGAGGGUGAGUCAGGAUUCCAAUGACAGUGAUGAUAACAAACCAUUGAGCAUUAUCAGAAAAGAAGUGAGGAAAGCUCGACUUACUACUAGUGAUGAAGAGGUUUCUCAGGCAACUUCUUUGCCAGAUGUGACUCCUGAAAAGCAAGGUGCAAGUGAUGUUGGUGAUGCAAACACUGGAGCAGUGGAAGCCAGUUCGAGUGUAGAAAGUGCAAAUACCUCUAGUACAGUGAACAGUUGUGUAACAUCGUCCACAAACUUAGUUUCAGGUAAAGUUGGUGAUGUCUCCACAGUAGAAAAGUCAAAGAUAUCCGAAAGUGAUGGUACUAGUACGUUUACACCACCGACCAAUUCUGUAGCAAAUUCUGUGGUCUCUUCUAGUGGUAGUGUGACUAACUCUGCACCUUCAUCUCCUUCUGAGACGGAAGGCGAAAGUGCCAUGGAGACAAAUUCCGAAGUAGAGAAAGCUAGUGACAUUGGGGCCAUGGACAGUGACACUCAGGAAAAGAAAAGUGCAAUAAGUAAUGAUGAGAAUUCUGGGGAGGGUAAAGGGGAUGAAACUGAUUCUGGGAAAGAAAAGGCUGGUUUGAAAAGUGACAAAGAAUCUAAAGCUAGUGGUAAGGACAAAAAUAAAGACAAACAUAAAGAUAGUGAAAAGAAAGAUAAAAGAGAGAAGGAAGAAGAUAAAGAAAAGAAGUCAAAAGAUGAUAAGAAAAAAGAAAGAGAAAAGGAUUCCAAGAGUUCCAAGAGUAGCAGCAAGAAUCAUGAAAGCAGUAGGUCGGACAAAAGCUCAAAAAGUGACAAGCACAGAAGUGGCAGUAGCCACAGCAGAAGUAGUAAGGACAGAGACAGAGACUCCAAAAGUAAAGAUCGUGAUAGAGAAAAGAGUAAGGACAAAGACCGUGACAGGGACAAGGGUAAGAGCAGUAGUAGAGAUAAGGAUAGAAAGAGUAGUAGCAGUAGCAGAGACAAAAGCAGGGAGGAUAAACAUGAUAAAAAGAGAGAACAGGAAAAUGAAGAUAAAGCAACACUUGAGAAAGUAAAGCCUCUGAGUGCUGAUGGCCUUGCAAAGAUUCCCAGGAAAACUCCUCCUCCAAGCUUCCUUGAUGCUCUGGGCUCAGCUGACAUGGAUGCAUUAGAAGCCAAGAAGCCCUCGGUUAAGACUUACAAGUCACGAGGUUUUCGUAACACUGGCUUGUUGGAUGAACCCACCAAGCCUCCAGGGAAAAAGAACGUAGGUCCUGCGGCUAGUGAUAAGAAGUCGACCAGUGGAACGGGAGGGCAAGGCGUAAAACGUCCAUCUCCAUUGGACGAGCUUGUUGCAUCAUCAUCACUGUCUGAAAAGCGGUUGAAAACGUCUGUAUCUUCAAGCCCACUCAACUCUGAUAAACCAGGAGGAGUCAAGCUCAUAUCACCAAAGAGACCGUCUCUGUCGGACGAUGGAGGUUUCAUGGCCGCCUUGACAGCGUCGGGCGCGGAAUCGCGCAAGAAGAUCACGCGGAAGAGGAAGUCGAGCGAGAGCGAGACUUCCUCCUCCUCCACCUCCAAGCAAGAGAACAACAAGGAGGAGGAGAAGAAAGAGGAAGAGAAGUCACCCGUUUCCUCGCCGGUCAAGGCGACGGAGGACAAAGGGAUAAUGCUCUCUCCCACCAGCGUCAAACCAACCUUCAAUUUCUACCAAGAGACCCUCAAAGACGACACAGAAGAAGAGAAGAAAGAGCCUUCGGACGACAAGGAUGAGGAGGCCACCGAGAACGGAGACGUCGAAAUGAAGGACCUCUCGAACUCCUCCUCGCAGGGCGCCAACGGCAACGACUCCGACAACAUGGACAUAGAAGAAAGUGAGGACACGGAGGAUUCCGUUCAGAUAGGCCUAGGGGAGCCUUUCGGUGGUGGUGGUGGUGGUGGUGGUGGGGGUUUGAACGGCCGAGCCGGGGAUGCCGGUACUACAUUACGCGACGAAGACAUUCCAAUAGCCCCUGCUGCCCCAGCUCCUACCCAGGAGGACUACGAGAAGGUGGAGGUGACCUUCUCCGAACCUUCCCCUAGUAGGGGCGUCCUCGUGUAUCACAGGCCAGAAGACCGCAAGAAGAAGUCGGUCAAAUGGAGGACAGAAGACGACCUCCAAGAAGUCUUCUUCUUCGAGAUGGAUGAAACAGAGAGAGUGAAUGUCAACACCAUAAAGUUCAACGAUAUGAUGGCCCUGGAUAAACAACGAGAAAGGGAAGCCAUGGGUAAAUCUCGUGGCUUGCACGGUUCCAUGAUGGGCGGCAACAUGGGCAUGAUGGGUGGAAACAAUCACAUGAUGGGCAUGGGCAUGCAUCAUGGUCUGAGUCCCAUAGAGUACAUGCGGUGGUCACUUUUACCUAUAAUGAUACCUUCACCCAAAGUCAUACCAGGCUGUAAAAGUCAAGAGCGAGUCACACAAGCGGCAAGAGAAAGUUCCACCAUGGCAGCUUUCUACAACCCGGCAAUGCUGCCAGAAACACCAAGAGAACCAGAUCCAGAGAUGGUCAGCAGAACUGAACCCAAAGAAAUCCCGUUGAAUGAUGUCACAGGUCAGGAUAUGGUAUACGAUCACCGUAGCAAGAUGUGGCCAGAACCUUUAUUUAUGGAACCAAUCAACUACGGCUACGGAGGGAUGGGAGGUCCACCAAGUGGUGGAAACGAAGGAGGAUCUCACUGGGUAGUUGGAGGGCCCCCUGCUGGUGGAUUUCCUGGACCUGGAGGGCCUAUGUAUGGAGCACCAGGUGGCUUUGGUGGGCCUGGACCUGGGCCUGGACCUGGACCUGGACCUGGACCUGGACCAGGACAUGGACCUGGACACGGACCUGGACCUGGUAUGGGAGGUCCACCGGCAAUGGGCGGACCUGGAAUGGGAGGACCACCUGGGUCAUUUGGUGGUGACAUGGGUGGAGGGAUGGAUGUCCCUGGAUGGGGUGGACCACCAGCCCCAGGACCACCAGGUCCUGGCCCAGGAAUGGAUUACCCAAAUCAAAACAUGAUGAUGGGAGGAGGUGGUCAAGGAAUGAUGAUGGGAGGUGGUGGAAGGCCAGGUGGUGGUCCCAGAGGAAUGAUGCCCAAUAUGGGUAUGGGAGGGCAAGGUUUCAGAGGUAGAAAUGGCCCCGGUGGUGGAAGCUGGGGUCCCGGGCCCAGCAACUAUGUGAAGCCAGUAUGCAAACACUUCAUGAACGGACAUUGCCGUCACGGCCAGAAGUGCAGAUUUCUUCACACCCGACACUAGUCUCUUGUUUGAUCUAUUUUAUAUAAAAAAAGCAUUUGACUCUACAAAGAUUAUUUGUUCCUAAGUUGAUGUUACUCAUGAGAGGACCACAUUUAUCUUGUUUUGUAAAUAACUUGUUACACAACGCUAAUACUGUACAGUAUUAGAAAUAUGUAAAGAUUGUAAAUAAAAAAGGUAAAUAAUAGAUUAUUAAAAUGUAUAGUUAUUUUGUGUAUCAAAACUUUUGAAUAAAAUAAGUUUUAGUGA